AUGCCACCACUUAUAGGUGAUUUGGUGAAUUUGGAGCAAUUGAAUGUGUCACAUAAUAUGCUUUCUAGAACAAUUCCGAAAAGUAUUUGUCAGCUUCACUGGUGUCAUAAAUUUGUUCCUGUUUUGCUAUCUCCACCACCACUUUCACCGCCGUUGCCUGCCCCUCCUCCGUCUGUUGUGGUGCCUAUUUUUCCUCCUCCGUCACCUGUUUAUUCGCCUCCGCCACCAGUUUAUACUCCUCCUUCACCUUCACCACCACUUCCUCCACCUCCAGUUUAUUCACCACCGCCACCACCACCCUCUCCACCUCCUCUAUCACCUCCACCACCACCAACUCAAUCUCCUCCUCCACCACUACCGCCACCAUCUCCACCUUCUCCACCACCUGUUUAUUCACCGCCACCACCAUCACCUCCACCACCUGUUUAUUCACCGCCGCCACCCCCACCAUCUCCACCUCCUCCAUCACCAUUACAUUAUUGUGUACGCUUACCUCCACCUCCCUUGCAGGCCUCCUCUUCUCCUCCUUCACAUUUUUUCCGUCAUCUAAUGAAACCCACCAAUCUAAUCGCUUCCUAUGCUUUUCUUUUCUAUUUUUCCUGCUGGUCCUGA